AUGAGGAUAAACCACAACCCAGCUCCAACCCCCUACCUGACCGUUUCAUACAUUUACAAGUUAAAUAGCUUACAUGUUGUUUGUGUCCAGCUGCUGAAUGAUCAACUGACAGUUACCAGUCUUCAGCCCGUAUUAUGUCCUCGAGCCUCCGAACUGAUCGCAGAGUACGACGAACAUGUUCUUGUCUCCAACUUCAAGUUUGGAGUGCUGUACCAACGUUUCGGCCAGACCAGUGAGGAGCAACUCUUUUCCAACAAACAUUCAAGUCCAGCCCUUGAUGAGUUCCUGAACUUGCUCGGUCAGAGAAUUCAACUCAAAGAUCACAAAGGUUACCGUGGCGGCCUAGAUACUCAGUAUGGCCAGACUGGAGAUGAAGCUAUUUACCAAAACUUCAAGGGUAGACAGAUCAUCUUCCAUGUGUCGACAUUACUGCCUUAUACUGACAACGAUCCCCAGCAGUUGCAGAGGAAGAGGCACAUAGGCAACGAUAUAGUGGCAAUUGUGUUCCAAGAGGACAACACUCCGUUCUCCCCCGACAUGAUAGCGUCCCACUUCCUCCACACUUACAUUGUAGUACAAGUCUUAGAACCAAAUAGUCCAAAUACCAGGUACAAAGUGAGUGUCACAGCACGAGAUGAUGUUCCUUUCUUCGGUCCCACGUUACCCAGCCCUGCCAUCUUCAGGAAAGGCCCGGAGUUCCAGGAGUUCCUCUUGACAAAGUUGAUAAAUGCUGAGAAUGCCUGCUACAAGGCUCACAAGUUUGCCAAACUUGAGUUGCGGACGAGGACCUCUCUGUUGACUACGCUGUGUGACGCACUGCGAGACAAGACACGAGACUUCCUUGGCGCCGAUGGCUCAGAGGGAGCUCCUGACACUCCCAAGUCCGAAGGUGGGCCCGGGACCCGGUUCAUAGACACAGUACGGAAAGCCCUUAUUGCCAGGGUUCGGAACCCUAAUGUCACCACCGAGACUAACAACAACAACACUGCCAAGAAAACACCUGUAGGAAGUGUCCCCGACACUCCCACACCAGUGAGUGGACGAUCAUUGUCUAAAGGGAGUAGUGGCGGCAAGAAAAGCUCCCCCUCUUCUCCUGUUUCAAGUCCUGAUAUUCAUUCACACAGAACUUUGAGGGUGUCUGAGAGUGACUCAUCAUCGCUCAACAGUGUAGAGCUGGACGCAGCUGUGUAUGCCGACAGUGACACAGGACUGGAGAGCAUGUCAUCUGCCGAGACACCCAACAAAGUGUGCAGUAUGUGUCUGGAGAGUGGGGACAGCAAGGCAGCCGACUCCCUGCGUCAGGAAGUCACACGGCUCAAAUGUGAUAAACUGGACCUGCUCCGUCAGAAUGUUACAUGCCAGAGAGAAAUAAAGCGGCUUCGUGAGAAAGAACUUGCUUUACAGUCUGACCUGGCAAAUGCAUCUAAGGAGAUUCUGAGGCUCCGAGAGUUGCUGAAGGAGUACACAACGGCAGGCAGUGAAGGCUCAGCCGUCUGAAUGGCACAAAUACUAACUGAUACUUCGCCUCUUGCUAUGAAUGAAACAGCCAGUCUAGCAGUUACGUGUUGUGAAACAUAGAACACUUUCAUUCAUUAUAUUUGUAUGUUUUAAAACUCAUAAUUAAGGUAAAACCGAUCUCUGAGUUUGAUUUGAAACACAAUACCAUAAUAUGUAUUAUAACUGCAGUAUUAAUUAUAAGAACACAAAAAUUAUAUCUUAGAUUUUUAUUCAAAAUGGUUAAAAAAGAUUUUUAUAGGUUUAUAUUUGUAUUAGAAUGAGUUGCAAACUCUUGGAUUUAUUUGUAAUAUUUGUUAAUCUUCACAGUAUUUUCAUAAAGGACUUUAGAAAUUACAUUUAUUUUGUCCAAUAUGCUCUCAAUUAAUUUAUUGGUGAAUUCUCUUAGUACUUUUAGAGGCACAAUGCCCUUUAAAGCUACUUCUUAUAAGGAUUUACGAUUGUCAAUUGUCUAAAUGUUAGUUUGAACACUGAACAUACCAUAAUCACAACACCAAUAAGUGUGAAUUAUCAGUAUAAAACUUUGUAGAGAUUGCUCUAACUAAGGUGGUGUCUUUGUCUCCGUUAUCGCUACGGUAACAUAAGCUGAUUGUGUUUGACCUUAAAACAAGUUAAGAGAGUGUAAUUGCAGUACAGCAAAACACACGGGGGCGGGAGUAAGUAGCAAGUAGAAUAGAGUUGUGUGGAGAAUAUUAACUUUCUCCCGCUUACUUUACCUGAUCACACUUGCCACCCUAGUUUGAUGCAAUCUUUACCGCUUACAAGUAAUGAGAUAAAUUAUCGAUGUUGAGUGUGAUUGGUGUUACAUGUCAUAACAUUCUCCUUAGUACAUAACACUGCAUUUCUCGAUCUACUACUUCUCUUUAUCUCUCUUGAAACCCUCUGUGCUUACAACUACACAAGAUCAGAGAGAAGUGAUGUUGGGACAAUUCUGUGAUACACAAUAAAAGGAUACCUAAUUUUUUUCUUUAGAAAAGUCAUAUAUUUGGCCACUGAAGAUUUAAAAAUAAAUAUUUAAUAAACAUAAAGUACAGGUAGAUUUGUUAAUUCCAUAAGCCUUCUGAUGUAAGAAGCAAAUUUUAAGUGUGAAAAUACACUUAAUUAUGAUUGUUUUGAAUUAUUGGCCCUAUAAGUGGUAACUGAAUAACUUAUUGUGAAUGUUGUCAACUAUUUAUGUUCAUAAAUGUUAUUAAGAACAUAAUCUAAUGAACGUUAUACUGAUUCAAAAUAGAAAGAGGAAAUAUGCUGGGUAUAUAAAUCCUUUGUACUGUGAGGGAAAUAUAUCUUAUUUAUCUCACAUUUUAAAUUAUGAAACUUUAUAUAAGUUUAUGUGAUAUAUCAGCAUACAUAGGAUAUUCAAACAUAGAGACCAAACUGCCAAUAACCAAAGUAACUUAAACAUUGGCUAUGUUAAAUAAAAUGCAUGAUAUUUGGUUUUCAUGAAAAGUACGGAAUAAUUAGUUACCCUGCAAGCACAAUAGAGUGAAAACAACCACGGUGCCUAAACAUUAGUUUUUGUUUAAAACAUGAAAAAAUUUAAAAGUUUUGCAUAUAAAUGAUUAGUAAAAUGUAUUUGCCACUUAUAGGGCUUAAUAGUUCUGAAGUUAUAAACUUAUACUGGCUAAAAAUGAGGACAUCCUGUAGCCUUUUCAGAAUUAACUAUUGUGUUAAAACUCCAUUUUGAUUAAACUGUAAGUUUCCAUUGUGUACAAAAUUCAAUUUGAAUAUGCCUAUAUAUCUGCCAAAUUGUAAGUUUACAGAUCAAAAUGUGAACACAAAUCAGGUUAUUUUUUGUUCCAAUGUCAUUGAUACUGUUAAGUGUUAUUGGACACUUUGUGGAAGUAGUUAUAAGUCUUACUGAUCCAUCAAAUAAAUGUUACAUCAUUGUUUAAAGCAUAAUAAACUAAAAACAACAUAACACUCAGCUUCUUUUAAUUUUGAAAUAAUGUGAUAUGUUCUCAAACUGAACGAUUUUAAUAGUGUUGGAGGAAGGCAUGAAAUUAUAUAAUACAAUGUUAAUGUGUUUUCAGAGUUUAUAAUGACAGUUAGUGAUGUGUUAGCUGUGCAGGAAUUAUGAGAGGAUUCUUUUUAGUUUAUGUAUUGUGAAGUUUUAUUUUGUAUAGUAUAAUAAAGUAAUAAAUUACCAAGUGUAUUUAUAAGUAGAGUUAUUUUGUACAAACAACACAUCAUUUGAAGCAAGAGCUGUUUUUGUCGUAAUAUUUUCAUUAAAAGAGUUAUAUUUCUACAUUCCACAUUUUGAGCGCAAACCAACCUUCGCUGUUGCGUUAUGUGAGUUGUACAUAUUUUGUUUUAUAACCUUAAAGUUUGAGUUAUGAUUGGUUUAUUCUUUGAUAAAUCGUUUUAGUUUUUCCUCUAUUGAACGUUUUGUUUGUUUGGAUUGUAGAUGGAUAUGUAUUGUAUUGUAUGUAUAAAAUGUAAGAUAGGUUGGUGGAAAAGUUGUAGACAAUCCCUGCAUCACCAUGUAAAUUAUAAGCACAUACCAAAGCUAACAUUCCAGUCUACUGGAUCUUUAUUAUUUAUUGAGCUUUCUCUAUCUAAUGUAAAUAAUGUUACGCAUAAGAUAUAUAUAUAAAUAUAAGAUAUUUUUAGAAAUCGAAUUGUGAUUGAAUGAUACAAAGUCAAAGAAACAGAUCUAGAUAUAGUUAUGGAAAAGUUUAAGAUGAAUCUAUUUUCUCAGAAGUUGUGAGUAACCUAGAUUCUAGUUAGUGUUGAACUACUGUAUUUAUUCUCUGUUGUUAUUCCACCUGAGUGAAUCAAGUAAACGUGGCUUUGGAAAAGUCACGUUUACAACUGAUUAAUACUAAUGUUCUUAAGCACCAACUGUUUUACAGUUUAAAAUAAUUGUACAUUUUGUUUGAUAUGUGACAGAAUUAUUGAACCGGAUUUGUAGUUAAAACAAGGAUAUAAAAGUUUCUGAAACAAAAUUAAUAGUUCUCUAAGUAACGUAUGUUAAAACUAAACAAAAACAUGUUUGCUGUGUGCCUUCUUUAUGUUUUUAAUGUUUCAACUGUUGAUGAGUUCAGUUGAAAGGGAACAGUGUUUUUACAUCACUAUUUUAGGAAUGCCAUGGGCAGUAAAAUAAGAUAAAUGUGAACAAAACUAUUGAAUUAAUCUAUGUAAAUUGUUAUAUUAAAAUGCUAGAACUGUUAUGUACCUCAACUUAUUUAAGAAAUAAUCAACCAUUUAUUGCUACACUCAAAUGUCAUCUGAUGAGAAAUAAAAAGUCAAUUACUCAUACAAUAAUAUUUUAUUUUUUAUAUGACAUGUCAUUUAUAUUUCAUUUACUAAUAUCUGUUAAUUUUACAUAAUACAUAACCAAUAAUUGAUACUGAUUUGUCUUAGCCAAGUAAAUAUUUUCACAUGUUUUGUUGUGAUCAUGAGAAAAAAACUUCUCCAUAUAAUUCCUUCAGUUAUCACACAUUAACAACCCAAUACAAUCUUAGUACUAGUUAAAGUGAUGUUUUCUUCUGUCUGAAAUCAAAAUGAUACAAAAGCAAUUAUUUCUUUUUGAAGUUCUGAAUACUAUUUACUGAAAAAUUUAUUUUUUCAUACAUAAGUCUUGAACUUAAUGAACAAGUUAAUAAUUUAUGAAGCAAUUUAAAAAUACUAAAGUAACCAUUGUUUACAUAAUAUUUAGUCAGUAAUGGACCAUAUUAUGAUUUUAAUUUAAAAAUAAUGGUUAAAACAAUAAGAAACUGACUCUUUUUACCUCAAUUUUUGGAUGAUUCAGUUUUCAAACUAUUUUUUCAACAUAUUGUAAAAUUGAUUUAAAUUUACCCCAAAACGAUUUGAAUAAAUUGAAGGAACAUGUGAGUUGGGUUUAGGAAAUAAUCUUAUCCAGUUUAAAAAAGUGUUUAUUUCCUUUAUCUAUAUGUUGUAAUUUUUUUGAAAGAAUUAAAUUAUUUUAUUUGUAUCACAGGUGCUAGAAACAAGUUUUGUAAACUAUGUUUCUUCUUAUAGUGCAAUUGAAACUGUUAAAACUGUUAGAAUAGUUGGCACAUAUAAUUGUAAAUACAAAGGAAUUACAUUACAAUGUCAAAUACAA